AUGGCGAGCGUCGAAGAGACGCGAAGACGCCCCUCAGUCACCUCCUCGUCCGUCGGCCUGGAGUCUCUCUUCCCCGCCGGCGCGUCGGAACACGCUUGCGGCGACGGGAACCCGGAGCUGGAGCGACUGCGAGAACGCCUUCAAGCCUGGCUGUCGCCGUACGAGCCUGCGUUGCUGUGGCUUCAGCGGCUGCUGGUGUGGGAGAGGCCGCUGUACAGCAUCGCGGUGGCGCUCACGCUAAACACGUUAUUCUGGCUCCUGUCGUACACUUCUCUACGCCCGCUGUUCCUGUUGAGCGUUUCCCUGUUGGGACUGAUGCUGCUGGAGAGAUGGAAGCCCAAGUUGCUCGCCGACACGAUUCCCCGUGUUGAAGUGUCUCCCGUUCAAAGCGAAUCAAUCAGCACAAAGCAGCGGCUGCUCAGCGUUCCCGAGCUCAGUCACCACCUGGCGGAAAGUUACCUGACGUGCUGUCUCUUCCUGCACGAGACGCUGCAAUACAAACGGCAGAAUCACGGCAAGUUCUGUGCCAUGAUGUGUAGCGGCUGUUUUGCACUUGCGGUUGUCGGACAUUACGUUCCAGGAAUCAUGAUCUUUUAUAUCAUAGGUCUUAGCGUCAUUCUGUGGCCACUGGUGGUGUACCACGAACUGAUUCAAAGGAUGUACACCGGCUUGGAGCCAAUCAUGAUGAAACUGGACUACAGCAUGAAGGGAGACACGGAGCGGCGCAAGCACGACAAGAGGAAAGUGAAGAAAGAGGCCGAGGAGGGUGACGAGCCGAGCGCCGAAACGGAGAGCGAAAGUGAAGAGGAGCUUUCUUGUUUUGCACCAACGGUGGACGUUAAGACGACGGCGCUAGCGAUGGCAAUCACAGACUCAGAGUUAUCCGACGAGGAGGCAUCCAUAUUGGAAAGCGGCGGUUUCUCUGUUUCCAGAGCUACGACCCCUCAACUUACAGAUGUCUCUGAAGGUAAAUGGCACUACCUGGAUCAGCAGAGUUUCCACAGCGACCCGGAAGAGUCCUACUUGCGAGAUCUGCCAGAAUUUCCCUCCGUCGAGGAGUUCCCUUCCUUGGAGCACAACCUCCUCCACGUUCCGUCGGGACAAGGCGACAGAUCUCAGGCGAGCGUUCCCGCCGAGGCCGAACCUUUGAGCCCCGCUAGCCUCCUCAUCCAGCACCUGGCCUCCCCGCUUCACUUUGUAAACACUCACUUCAACGGCCACGGUAGACCGCCCGGCGAGGACGUGUCGGCGGGGGGCGGCCUGGAAACGGGAGCCGCCGUUAGCCGCGGCGCGCAACGCUCGCUCGAGGCUCUGAGCGAGGAGAUUGUGAGCACGGCCAUCUCCGCCGUGGUGCAGAACACUCUUUCGGCGCUGCUCCGCUCUAGCGAGGCCAGCGAGGAGCCCGCCCUGGCCGAAUUCCUCCCUCGUCGAUCCCCGCCGGACGUUACGGAGACUUUAACCCCGCCCGACGAGGACCCGGAAACGAUAACUGCAGAGAGCGUCGCGGGUGACGACACCCUGGUUGCGACCGAGGAAGAAGAUUUUGAGCUUCUGGACCAAAGUGAACUCGAGCAGGCGGACGAGGUCGCGUCGGGAGCUCAACAUCAGUCGUAG